UCCAGUGCACAACACAAGCAGCUAGCACUGGGCUGUACCUUAGGACUCAGGUCCCUCUGUGGGGUGGCUCGGUGCAAGCUAUGGGCAAGAGCAGGACACUUCGGCACUAACAGAUGUGGAUUGAAGAGACUUCACGUUUUUCAGGAAAUAUGAGGACAUGGAGGAGAUGAUUCACACCAGCUGACACUUCAAGUUGCUCACCGGGGUUGGAAACGUACAGAGGCACGGAGCACUGGACCAUGGCAUCUCUGACAAACACUACACCACUUCGAGGUGAUCCACAAGAUCAUGGGAACUCAACUGCAGAUGGUAAUCCUCGGGGCAAGAUGGCAGAAGAACAGGACACGGGACAGGACGGCAUGUUGGGAAAAGCCCAUGAGUUUUUUCAGAUCUGUGACAUCGAAGACAAAGGUUUCAUUACACGAAGAGACAUGCAGAGGCUUCACGGUGAGCUUCCACUGAGCCUGGAUGAACUGGAGAAGGUGUUUGAUACUUUGGAUGCUGAUGGCAAUGGCUAUCUCACCUUGGAAGAAUUCACUACAGGAUUUAGUCAGUUUCUCUUUGGAGAGAGAAUUCCUACACAUACAUCAGCUGCAGAGGAGCCUCUGGAGGAACUGGAGAUGGACAAAGAAUAUGAAAUAAAGUGGGAGGAAGGCACUCACAAGCUUGAGGAUGAUGAAAACACUCACUUUUACAACCUAAUUGACACGUUAGGAGCCAACAAGUUUUUAGAGGAUGAAAACCACAUAAAAAAGCUGUGGAUGGAGCUAAGGAAAGACGAGCCUCAUCUGCUGACGAGUUUUGAAGAAUUCCUAAUCAGAAUAUUCUCCCAGCUUCAAGAAGCCAACGCAGAGAAGAAUGAAAUGGAAUGUGCCCUGAAGAAAAAAAUUGCAAACUACGACGAUGAAAUACAGAAUUUAUAUGAAGAGAUGGAACAGCAAAUAAAGACAGAGAAGGAACAGUUUCUCCUGCAAGACACAGAACGAUAUCAGUCACGCAGCAAAGACAUGGAACAAAGGCUUCAGUCCAAAGAACAUGAGUUGGACCAGCUGGUUCAUAAGCAGAAGAGGCUUGAAAAGCAAUGUAAGGACCUUAACAAUGACAAGUAUGAAACAAAAGCUGAAAAUGAAAAACUCAAGACCUCCAAUAAAGAAAUGCGGAGAGAACUCGAGAGGACAACUCAGGAGCUGGUAACUGCCCAGGGGCAGCUGAGGAUUCUACAGGAGGCAGCCUCCCAACUCAAUGAAGAAAGAGAAAUGGAAGUUUACAGAGUAACUGAGAGUUUGCAACGAGAAAGAACAGCUCUACUGAGACAGCUCGAUCUCCUAAGGGAAAUGAAUAAGCACCUAAGAGAUGAGCGGGACAGCUGUUUACAGAAACCCAAGGGAAAUACAGGCGCAUCAAUAAAGAGCCAAAGAUCCGACUCUAUCAUUGGCAAAUAUAUUGAGAGGAAACCAUCAGUGAAAAGCCAAUCAUCAGAAGAGGAAGAUGUAUUUCAUACUAAACGAAACUCCUUUGGACUUAAUGGUUGUUUUACAUCGACUCAGGAACCUGAAAGUGUUACAGACUGUAAACCAAACACACCGAAACAGCUGCAAAGAAUCAUAUCCAUUGAGGAAGACCACCUACCCCAACUGCUUGACACCCAGGAGGAGAGACCUUUACAUGAGUGGAAGGAAGUAGAUGAGAGCGAGGAGACCAGAGUUGAGGUAUUUGAGAGUACGGAAGAACAGGUUCCUAAAGGAGAGGUGCCAUCUUCCCCAAGAGGACAGCCAGUCGGGAAAGAGACACUAGCAACUGAAGAACGGCCAUACACUGCCCCGGAACGCAUCUUUAAAAUAGUCUUGGUUGGGAAUUCCAGUGUUGGAAAGACUUCAUUUCUGAGAAGAUUUUGUGAUGGUAGUUUUCACCCUGGAACCUCCGCCACUGUAGGAGUCGAUUACAGUGUAAAAACAGUGACAGUGGAUAACUGCCAAGUGGCACUGCAGCUUUGGGACACGGCCGGACAAGAAAGAUACCAGGAGAUACAGAACGUCUUUGAAAGGCGAUGGGAAGCCACGGGGGAAAACAUCCCUGUAAUGAUGCUGGGCAACAAAACGGAUAUUGAAAAAGAAAGGGAAGUGCCCUUUGGCUUAGGGGAACAUCUUGCCAAGGACUGUAAUUUAAUUUUCUAUGAAUGCAGCGCCUCUUCUGGACACAAUGUGAAAAAAUCAGUAUUGCAUUUAGCAAGGAUACUGAAGGAGCAGGAAGAUAAAGUCAAGGAGAAAACUGUCCGGUUACUGGACUCACCAAAGAAAAGGAAUUGCUGCUCCCGGCAGUAGAUAGAGUUUUGAGUGCAUUUCGCUUGUCCUGCACUACAGUUUCUUUGGGACAGGAGCGAGUGGUACUUUACAGCUAUUCUAGCUUGGGAUAUAAUGACAGAAUAUUUCAGUGGAUAUAACCCAGUGAGAGGUGUCUUUAUAAAUCACUCAAGGGUUCCAUGAUGGUAAUUGUUACCUUCGCAAAAUCAGUCAAUAUUUUAUUUAAUGCAGCUAUGGUGCCAAGGCCCGUUUCCCUCGCUAUGACCUGCCAAUUGCUGAGGCGAUUCUGAAAGUCAACUGGGUCAACACGAUAUGGGUAUAACUUAGUAUUCCACUCUGCUCAUAAAUCUAAUUAUUCUGCACCUUCAGAAAAGCAUUUUUUUUCUUAUACUUUAUAAAUAAAUGUUAAUAAUAAUAAUAAUAAUAAUAAUACCACUAUGGUACCAGUGCCUCCCCCCCCACCUUUUUUUUGCUCAGAAGGUCCAAACUGUAUGUAAUCCAGAACUGUCAGUCAUUUGGAUAAAUUAUCAAAAACAACAGGCUCUAUGGAUAAACCUUAAUACCCACGAACAUUUUCUAUACUUUUUUUUAUUAAUGCAUCGUUAUUGUAGAUGUGUCAUUCUCGAGUUCCGUUGAAAUGGCUCUUAUUUAUUAACAUUGAUACAGUCAUCCCCAGUGCAGAAACCAACUAUAGAGCCAAUAAACAUUCAUGUUUAGAAUUCUGUCUGCAUUUUAUGGAUCAUCUAAUCCCUAUGGGCCCAGAGACUCACCUAGCACUAUGCUAGUCUGGAAAUACAGAAGCAUAGGUGCUCUCUUAUGUGGCAUAGGAUUGCUGGCCAUAGCAACCAUACAGUAGCCCUAUACUGUAAGAAGCAUUAAAUUACCCAAAUCUAUAACAGGCUUUAGUUGUCCUUUAAUACUGAUGACUGCUAGGUUCAGUGAAAUAAAUGUGCUGCUAACUUAACAUAAUGUAUAAUAAAUGUUCCAUAUUUGAACUGAAUGUUAUUUACAAAAUGCCUAAACUAAAAUAUAUAUGAAAGGGAAAUAGUUAUUAGAUUUAGAAAAUGAUCAAUUUAGAGCACUGGCUGUUUCCUAAAUAGAGAAUACUGUGUUUUUAUUCAGAAUUCAGUAUGUGGCUCUGUGGGUAACUGUAUAGUUUUGGUUACAAAAGAAAGAUUUAAUAUAUUUAUAAUAUUGCUAAGCGGUUGCAGUGAAAUGAGCUUCUGUGCAGAUCUAGUUUGGAUACAGUGAGUUGCUGCAACAAUGUAAAAAUAAACAGUAUAAUAAAUAUUGAGAGAAAAAACCAAA